GUCUGAGCCACAUAAUACGCUUCGGGUAAUAUCGUGUUCUGUCGACAUUUCCCGUGCUAUUCCGUAGCCUCCAUCGUAACCACUCGACUUGUUUCGUAAAUAAUUUCUGGUUCCUGGUUACCAGUCAACGGAUAACACGAUAGUGGGAAACCAUUACGUCAUCCGAAUGUUCAAAAUGGCUGCUCGCGACAAACGGGGCAGAUAUUCCAAAACUAUUUUGGGUAGGAAAACGUCCGUAGACGGUAAUUAUUUUGAAAUUGACCACAAUUAUACUGAUACGUUAACGAUGUGUAACGGACAGGAAUGUAAUCGGCCUUACUGUGAGUCUGAUAUCCAUAUUGACCUGCCAAAUAACGUGAAACGCGAUGGUUGGAGAGUUGGAAUGCGUGUACUAGAUCUGGGUUUUUUGUUGGACAAUUUGAAGUGUUGUUCUGUAUGUAGGCUCGGACCAGUGCCUUUAACUAACAGAAGUGUUGUUGGUGAGCUUAGGAAAGGACUGGGUGGCUUUCUAUACGUCAAGUGUCAGAAUAUAGACUGUGGAGAAGUCAAUCGUGUACCUUACUGCAAAACUCACAGGGUCAAAAAGAGAGGCAUGCCAUGCUUUACAGCGAACACAAAUCUCGGAAUAGCUAUGAUUGACAGUGUUGGUGGUGCAAGAAAAGUGAAUAAUCUGUUGUCAACACUUAAUAUCCAGCCAAUACACAGGAAAAAUCUUAAACACAUUGAAAGGAGGUCAGGCAGUUUCGUCGAAGAUGUUGCUGAAAAUUCAAUAAGAAGUGCAGCAAAGGAUGCAUUUAAGAAAGAAAUGAGUGAUAUUGCUAAUGAAGAAACAGAAGAGGCAGCUAAACAUAUGGAAGGACUUAUAGAUGACCUUGGAGUUUGUCCAAUGCCUGAUGCAUCACCAUCAUUAAAAGAGAGAAUACAACGGACUACUGUGGAUUUUGACUCUCCUGCUUCGGAAACUCCAGCAAAACAUUAUAAAAGAAAAUUCCGUACAAGAAAUGCUAGUGAUGUUGAACUGAAGGCUAAGAAGAAGCUAAUGCCCAAAUUUCCAUGCAAGCGGCGAUAUGGAAUGUCCUGUGCAGUGGAUACUGCAUGGCAGAAACGUGGAUUUGACAGUCAAACAGCCCAUACUUUUUUCAUGAGCAAGUCUCGUUAUGGGAAGAAAAUUGUGAAGGGUAUAGUUAGUCAUAGGCAGUGUUCAACGUGCACAUGGUGGAGACGAAACAGACCAGGGAAGAAAGUCCGAGAACACAGAUGUGUACGUAAUCAUACCGGAAGCGCGAGGCUGAUGGAGAGCACAAGUGGGGAAAAGGGAGUCUUAGAGCUUGCUAAUGAAGGUACACCUGUAGAAUACAUUGAAGGGGAUGGAGAUACAACUCUUCUAGCAAGACUUAAAAAUAAUCAGAACAUUUCAUUGAAGAAAAGAUUUGAUAAAAACCAUAUUAUGAAAAACAUUGGCAAAAGUUUGUAUUCUUUACAGUCUCAAAAAGGUGUGAAAUUAAGUAAAAACACAAUAAUUCAUUUACAGAAAUGCAUUUCAUAUGCUUUGUCAAAAAAUAGUGGUAAUGAGGUUGCUCUUCAAGAAAAUUUAUGUGCUAUAGUUCCACAUAACUUUGGUGACCAUCAGUUGUGCAAAGCCAGCUUUUGUGGACAGUUGAGAACCCCUGAUGAAAAUUUUCUGGUUCUUGUUCUGUGCACAGUUUAUAGACAUAUACCAAUGUCACUUCACAGUCCAAUCUUGGUGAAAACUGUUGCUGGUAUUUCCCCUGGUAAGCAUACUAUAGAUUAUGCUGACAAAUGUCAGAAAAAAAGACAACAUAGUCAAGAAGUGACACAGUUGCCAUCGACAAAAAAAGGCGCCUUAUCUUGAAACAAGAGCGAGCGGUUACCCAGCAGGCACAUGAAACACUAGAAGGAGUCUCAUAUCAAUCUGGCAUUGGUCAUGAUCAAGAGGUGGACAUUGAAAGACUACCUGAUCCUAUUCCACGUGGAGUGUUCAAGCAAGUUAUACCACAUGGACCACCGACCUACAUUGUAGCUGAUCUGGAAACCACUGAUCUAAUAAGGGGAGAUCAAAUUCCGCACAUCACCCAGAUAGCUGCUGUUGAAAUGUCAACUGGUUCUACAUUCAACAAGUAUGUUAUCCCAAAAAUUCCUAUCACAUCAGCUGCAGAGAAUGUUACCAAAAUUAUUAUGGUUAAUGAAAAGGUGAUGGCAGUGGAUGGUGUGACAGUGGAGCCAGUUCCGUUACAUGUAGCAUUGAAAAAAUUUCUUUCAUGGCUUGAAUCGUUUGACAAUAUUUACAUUAUUGCCCAUAAUGGAAGGCGAUUUGACUUUAUAGUAUUGACAGCAGCAUAUAAAGUUUGUGGAUUGCUACCAAAUUUCUUGUCGGCUAUCACAGGGUUAGUAGAUUCAUUACCUGUGUUCAAACAUGUGUAUCCUAAUAGAACUUCAUACAAACAAGAGGAUCUAGCCCGUGAUCUUUUGUGCAAGGGCUACAAUGCACAUAAUGCAGAAGCUGAUGUAAAAUGUUUAUCGGAGCUUGUGUCCCUGAUGGUGUCAACGCAAAAUGAUUGUAUGAUUGUAAAAAGUUUUCCACCGAUUGAUAUUAAAUUCAAUAUGGACUGUAAUAAAGAAAAAAAGAAAAAUUUUCCAACUCUCGAAGUACUUAUAGCAGCUGGGGUGAUGAAGAAUGCAACUGCUGACAAUAUUGCAAGUUCCGGUCUGAACUUUGAACACUUAAAAACAAUAUUCAGGAGAAAAGGAGAAGAUGGACUGUUAAAUGUUUUUACUGCAAAAAAUAGUGAAGGCCAACCUCGAGUAACCAACGCAAAGAGGACUCUAGAGUCUGUGGUGCCUAAACUUGCAGCUUACUUUGAAAAAAAUUGUUAAAGCUCAUUUUGUAUGUGCAGUAUUUUCUAAAGGGUAAUAUGGUAAACACAUAAAACAUAUAAUGUGUUACACUUAUGCAUUAUGAUUGUAUAUUACAGACAUGCUCUACAUACUUUUGGAUUGUGUAAUGUAUUUGCAAGUAUUAUUUUUAUUUUUCAUGUUUGGUGUACUCAAUCUAGAUAAAUUUGGAAAACAUGUUUAUCAAAACUAGACUAUAUAUGAGUUAUUUACUACAACACUUUCAUAACAUUGAUGGCAUUAUUUGUUAAAUGUCAGACCUGAUUUUUUGUAUGGAUGGAAUAUGACUUAAUGUUAUUUUUAAAAAUAGUGAAAUGUUAGUGGGUGGGAUAUAGGCUCAUAUUGUUCAAUUUUUUAGUGUUAUUAAUACUAUUUUGAGCCUUGAAAAGCAGUUUUUUCACAAUAGUUUAGCUAAAACAUUUGGUAUUAAAUGUAUUACUAUUUUGAAACAUUAAUUUAUGAUGGAAGCAAUCUAGUAAUGUUUAAAUUUUGAUUUUUUGCUACAUAAACAAAUUUAUUCAGAUUUUUCAUGUGUCGACCAGUGAGCGACAAUAAAUUUGAAAACUUUUUUUUUUCAAAACUAGACGGUAAAUCUUUUUGUAAUUUGGUACAAAGCUUUUAUACAUAUUGAUAUCAAUUUCUGGUAAAUUUCAGGUCUGUCACUUUAUUCAAUUUUUUUUGUCGAUUUUUUAAAAACGUUCAUAGUUUUCUGAGAGUGGUAAAAGCUGGGGUGGGUGGGGUAAUGAUUUUUUAUUUUUUUCAAAUAUGUUGAAUGAAAUCAAUAUUUAUGAAGUAUUGUAUUGUUGAGCAAUAUAUUCUGUAUGACAUUAGGCCAGUAUGAAUGAAAUUUUCUUUCAGUUUCAAUAAAGAAGAAUUUUUAUUUAUUUACUGUUGGUUGGAUUUUUGAAGGUUAUGGGUGGGGGUACAAAAAUAACAAUUACUACCUUAAUAAACGGUGAAAGUUUUUAUUAUUUCAUGUGUAAGUGUCUUACCUGAUAUAGAAAAGAACUAGCAUGAAUUUUUUUCAAAUUGCAAUAUUGACCAUUAUGGGGCUCAGAC